AUGGCUGCAAAAUAUAAAAUUGUUAUGGUUCGCCAUGGUGAGAGUGAAUGGAACCAAAAGAAUCUUUUCUGCGGAUGGUUUGAUGCAGACCUCAGUGAUAAAGGACGCGAAGAAGCAUUAACAGCUGGUAAGGCUUUGAAAGCCGAAGGCUAUGAAUUCGAUGUCGCCCAUACAUCAGUCUUAAAACGGGCUCAAAUAACCUUAAGCAUAAUUAUGAACGAACUUGGAAAACCUGAAAUUCCCGUCGAAAAGACUUGGCGUUUGAAUGAAAGGCACUAUGGAGGUCUUACAGGACUUAACAAGGCUGAGACUGCAGCUAAAUAUGGUGAAGCCCAGGUUCAAAUUUGGCGCCGUAGUUUUGACAUACCUCCACCACCGAUGGAGAAAGACAGCCAUCCAUACUAUGACACAAUUGUAAAAGAUGCCCGUUAUGCUAAUGACCCAAAACCCGAAGAGUUCCCUAUGUUUGAGAGCUUAAAACUCACUAUUGAAAGGACCUUACCCUAUUGGAAUAAUGUCAUUGUACCACAGAUUAAGGAAGGUAAAAGGAUAAUUAUUGUUGCUCACGGUAACAGCCUUAGGGGUAUUGUUAAGCAUUUAGAUGAGCUAAGCGAUGACGCCAUCAUGAGUCUUAACCUGCCAACUGGGAUUCCGUUUGUCUAUGAAUUAGAUGAGAACAUGAAACCUGUUGAAUCCAUGACGUUCCUCGGUGAUGAAGAAACUGUUAAAAAUGCAAUGGCCGCCGUUGCCGCACAAGGCAAGGCAAAGUAA